GCUACUGCUACGGUUAAAGUAUAAAGCCAUUAAUUAUUAGUAGAUGGCACCAAGAGCUAAACGGGCAAGGGUGGAAAGAUUAGUAACCAAAGAAUUACUGAAAAAAAUUAUCAAGAGAGCAGCGUUCCUUCGCUCUACGAGAUCCAAAACUUAUAAGGAAGACCAGGCCAUCAACAAUGUAUGUUUUGAUCUAAUUUCUCAAGACUACGAAUGUGCUGCUCUAGGAAAUGCAUACCAAACAUAUUGUCCUCAUUAUCCGGAAGACUUCCUCAUUCCCUUUCACAAGGAUUCAUUUAGCGACAGGUUUGUUGAUGAUCUCGAAGAACUCCUUAAUGAUUCACUUAGAGCCAGGCUCGGAUCAAGAUUUCCAAUACCUGUGAUUUUAUAUGAAGGGAAGUAUAUUUGCCGUUCUUCAGCAUGUCAUGAAAAUGCAGCUUCAUUAUGGCGUUCAGAGGCGGGACAAGAUGCAGAAAGUUGGCAGAAAAUCGAGACCUAUGGCAUGACUAUUGACGUUGCAAACUAUCUGUUAGAGAGUCUUAAGUACCUGAAAGCACUGCAAAAUGAUGCAAAUUUGCUGAGACACAUGGGAGUAGAUUAUAUUUGCGACUUGAGAAUUCGAAACUUUAGUGGCCUCAGUAAUGAUAUUAUUAAAUCUCCAGAAGAUGUUUACACGCAGGUAUAUCAAGGAUUUAUAAAAGCUCUCUUGCCUUACCCUACUGUCGAUUUUUUUGUUAAUUUCCACGAUAAUAUGUCUAUUGAAGAUUUGAAGUUUGACUGGACAAAAGUAAGUUUCAAUUUCG